UCGCUGGACGGCCUCGUCAUCCCGAGCGACGACCCGCACCUCAGCGAGUACGUCGCGCCGUGCUUCGAGCGGCGCGCCUUCGCGACGGGCUUCACGGGGAGCGCGGGCACGGCGCUGGUCACGCUCGGCGGCGCGUACUGCUGGACCGACGGGCGGUACUGGCUCCAGGCGUCGAAAGAGCUCGAGGAGGGCUGGGAGCUCAUGAAGGCCGGCGAGCCGGGCGUCGCGGGCGUCGCCGAGUGGCUCGGGAGCGACGCGGGCGCGGCGGAGCUCGGCGCGGGCGCGGUGCUCGGCAUCGACGCGGCCGUGACGUCCGCGGCGUUCGCCGCGUCGCUGCGCGAGGCGGCGGCGGCGACGGGCGGCGCCGUCGCCGUCGUCGAGGGGUCGAACCCCGUCGACGCCGUCUGGGGCGCGGCCCGGCCGCCGGCGCCCGCGCGGCCGUUGCGGGUCCACGCGCGCGCGGGCGAGGACGCGGCGUCCAAGCUCGGCCGCGUCCGCGACGCGCUUCAGGCGCUGGACGCGUCGGCGCUGGCCGUGACGGCGCUGGACGAGGUCGCGUGGCUGCUGAACGUCCGCGGCGGCGACGUCGAGUGCAACCCCGUGGCGUUGAGCUUCGCGCUCGUUACCGAGGACGGCUGCGCGCUCUUCGUCGACGAGCGCAAGCUCGACGGCGACGUGCGAAAACACCUCGACGCCUGCGGCGUCACCGUGGCGCCCUACGAGGCCGCGCUCGGGCACCUCGCCGCGCACGAGGGCAGUGUCUGCGUCGACCCCGCGCGGUCCUCGGAGGCCGUCGUCGCCGCGGUGCCCGAGGACCGCCGCGUCGCCGCGCCGUCGCCCGUGGCGCGCCUGAAGGCGGUCAAGAACGACGUGGAGCUCGCGUGCAUGCGCGACUGCCACGUGCGCGACGGCGCCUACGCGUGCGAGGCCUUCUGCGAGCUCGAGGACCGCGUCCGCGCGGGCGACCGCGUCGACGAGGUCGACGUCGACGCGGCGCUGCUCAAGUAUCGCUCGCGGGACCCCGGCUUCCUCGAGCCGUCGUUCCCGACCAUCGCGGGCUCGGGCCCGAACGGGGCCGUGAUCCACUACCGCGCGGAGCGGCCCAAUUGCCGCGCGGUGACGAAGGACGCGAUGCUCCUCGUCGACUCGGGCGCGCAGUACGUCGACGGCACGACGGACGCGACGCGGACCUGGCACUUUGGAAAUCCGACGGCGGCCGAGAAGCGCGCCUACACGGCCGUGCUCAAGGGCAACAUCGGCCUCGACGUCGCCGUCUUCCCCGACGAGACCGUCGGCUUCGUGCUCGACGCCUUCGCGCGGAAGCCCUUGUGGGCGCUGGGCCUCGACUACGGCCACGGCACGGGCCACGGCGUCGGCGCGGCGCUGAAUGUGCACGAGGGGCCCGUGUCCAUCAGCCCGCGCUUCGGCAACACGGAGCCCCUCAAGGCGGGCAUGGUGCUCUCGAACGAGCCGGGCCAGUACGUCGCCGGCGAGUUCGGCGUCCGCAUCGAGAACCUCCUCGAGGUCGUGCCGCUCGGCGACCUCGGCGGCGGCAAGGACUUCCUCAAGUUCGAGAAGCUCACGAUGAUCCCCAUCGACCUCAACUGCGUCGACGCGGCCAUGCUCGACGCGGCCGAGGUCGCCUGGAUCGACGCCUACCACGCGGACGUCCGCGCGAAGCUCGCGCCGCGCCUCGAGGGCCGCGCGCUCGCCUGGCUCCUCGAGCGGACGGAGCCCCUC